UCCCAUCUCAGGGAUCCACUCGGGGAAGAGGAAGCAGCGAAUCGAAAAUGUCAGAUCUGGUGGCAACGUCGCCGUCGCCGUCGCCGUCAUCAGCGCCGAGAUCCGCCUCAGACUUCUUCUCCGAUCCUUACGACUCGCAUCCUCUAUGGUUCAAGCCUUCCCUCUUCCUUUCCCCCGUAUUCGACUCCGAGUCCUACAUCUCGGAGCUCCGUACAUUCGUCCCCUUCGACACUCUCCGAUCCGAGCUCCGAUCACACCUCGCUUCCCUCAACCGCGAGCUCGUCGAUCUCAUCAAUCGAGACUAUGCUGAUUUCGUGAGUUUAAGCACUAAGCUCGUCGAUAUCGACGAGGCUGUAGUCCGCAUGCGCGCCCCGCUCCUCGGUCUCCGCGAGAAGAUCGCUGCGUUUCGUGGAUCCGUGGAGGCCGCGCUUUUCGCGCUAAGGAGUGGACUGCAGCAACGCUCGGAUGCUGCUUCGGCCAGGGAGGUUCUGGAAUUGUUGCUCGAUACGUUUCAUGUGGUAUCCAAGGUUGAAAAGCUUAUAAAAGUGUUACCAAGUGCGCCUUCUGAUUGGCAAAAAGAGGAUGGUGGUGUUUCCCUAAGGAGCUCUGUGAAUGUUGAAAAUUCCACGCAGCAAGAUGGCACAACCAUGAGAGAAACCCAGAGCAUGCUUCUGGAAAGAAUAGCUAGUGAAAUGAAUCGACUCAAGUUCUAUAUGGCUCAUGCACAGAACCUGCCUUUCGUUGAGAACAUGGAGAAGAGGAUUCAGAGCGCUAAUGUGUUAUUAGAUGCUAGCCUGGGUCAUUCCUUCAUUGACGGGCUAAACAACAGCGACACAAGCGUUCUUUACAACUGCCUGCGUGCAUAUGCUGCCAUUGAUAACACCAAGAGCGCAGAAGAAAUUUUUCGCUCAACGAUUGUUGCUCCAUUUAUACAUAAAAUUGUUGCACUUGAAACAUCAACGGAUGCUGCUGGAUCAUCGGGAGAUGAACUUGAAAAUGAUUACAAGCAGAUCAAGCAUUUUAUUGCCAAGGACUGUAAAAUGCUGCUAGAAAUAUCUUCAACCGACAAAUCGGGUUUGCACGUCUUCGACUUCUUGGCAAAUUCAAUUCUGAAAGAAGUUCUUUCGGCAAUUCAGAAGGUCAAACCAGGAGCAUUUUCUCCUGGAAGGCCUACUGAGUUCUUGAAGAAUUACAAAGCAAGCUUGGAUUUCUUGGCAUAUCUUGAAGGUUAUUGUCCGUCAAGGACUGCUGUCACUAAGUUUCGAACGGAAGCGGUAUAUAUCGAAUUCAUGAAGCAAUGGAAUGUGGGAGUAUACUUUUCACUGAGGUUCCAGGAGAUUGCUGGAGCCUUGGAUUCUGCUCUUACUUCUCCUUCUCUGGUAUUCAUUCAGGAUUCUGAUUUAGAUAAACGGAGUUCUCCGAACUUAAUACUCAGACAGAGCGCUACUCUUUUGGAGAGCUUGCGUUCAUGCUGGAAAGAAGAUGUUCUCGUUUUCUCCGCGGCUGAUAAAUUUCUUCGAUUGACCUUGCAGCUUCUUUCGAGAUAUUGCAUUUGGGUGUCAUCUUCCCUGCAUACUAGAAGGGGUAAUGCUAGCCCGAGUCCUGGAUGUGAUUGGGCAGUUUCAGCCACUACAGAAGAUUUUGUAUAUGUUAUACAUGAUUUAAAUGAUCUAGUCUCUGAAGUUUGUGGCGAUUACCUUGGACAUAUAUCACGCCAUUUAUCGUCAUGCUCCACUGAAGUUCUUGAUGUGGUGAGGACGAGCAUGUUACAGGGUGGAGAUAAAUUAAAGGAGGUCCUACCUUUACUUACCAACACAAUUAUUGAAAUAAUUGUUGAUAAAUCUGUUGAGGACCUAAGGCAGGUCAGAGGAAUAACAACAACAUAUAGGAUGACUAAUAAACCACCGCCGGUUAGACACUCACCAUACGUUGUUGGCAUAUUGCGUCAUGUAAAGGCCUUUUUGGAGGGAGAUAAGGCUACACAUUACUUGACGCAGGAAACAAGGGAGGAGAUACUGCUUCGCACUGUCACUGAUAUUACAAGGCGGUAUUACGAAUCAGCUGAUGAAGUUGUUAGCUUGGCAAGAAGAACAGAGUCAUCGCUUCAGCAAUUCCGAAGAAAGGCACAGAAAAGAGCAGGUGCAGCAUCAGGUGCCUCUGACGACAAUGUAUCUGAAACAGACAAGAUGUGUAUGCAGUUAUUCCUUGAUGCUCAGGAAUAUGGACGAAACAUCUCUGCUCUGGGGUUGAAACCGGCAGAUAUACCGGUUUAUUGUUCUCUCUGGCAAUGCGUUGCACCUGCGGAUAGACAAAACACAAUCAGUGUUUGAGGACUCGCAACUGCAUUUUCAUACAACGUAUCAUAUAAUCUUAUAAUAAUAAAUAAUAGGAAGUCGUUUCUUUUGUUUUUGGUUGCAUACCAGUGAGGAGGAGGAGAACAAGAAGAGCGUUUUGUUGCAUUAGGAUUGAGAGAUCUAUGGAUUAGUGUCAGCUUUUGGCCAUUCAAUCUUAUUUUCAUCUUGAGUAUAUAACACUUACCAAAUGCUAUAGUGAAACAAUUAUUUUUAACUUUUAGUGAUUUAA